ACCAAAUAACUUUCUCUUCCUUCCUUCCACAAAUCCGAUCCGGUGGCUGUCACCUCCACCCAAGCCCGCCGUCAGUGUUCUCAGCUCAGCUUCUUGGACCUCUUCUAUUCUCAAGUCUCCAAGGUUUGCUAGGAAGCCAGACAUAAGCUAGUGAAGUCGAACCACAAGUACAGAAGCAAAAAACUUCCAAUUACUAUCGCCAAUCGUCGCACCGGUCUGUAGUUUUCUUAUCUUAUGGCGAUGUGUGUCGAAGACAGGAUCAGUAAAUUUUCGGAUCAUAUUCUUUGUCAUAUUUUGUCUUUCCUUCCCAUUAAAGAAGCAGUUCGAACCUCUAUUAUUUCAACCAAGUGGAGAAACCUCUUUGCUUCAAUUUCUAUCAUUGAAUUUGAUGGUGAUUUACUGCGUCGUUUGACUGACAGAAACAUUGACAGCUUCAAGAACUUUGUUGAUAGGUUGUUGAAAUUCCCCGAUCAAGUAAGUUUAGAUUGCUUUAGGCUACAUGAUGGGAUUUCUUCAUGGAAUGAUGGGAUUUCUUCAUGGAUUGAUGGAGAUCAUGAUUUUGAUGUUUCUGGUUGGAUAUGUGCUGCACUGUGCCGUGGUGUUAAGGAAAUUGAUUUGAAAUUAUAUAAUCUUGGGGAUGUUCCACCUGAUGUUCCACCUGUUUUAUUCACUUGCCACUCACUGGUGAAUCUGACAUUGGUUGCAUUAGGUUUUAAGAUUGAGGUCCCAUCUGACGUUUGUUUAGGGAAUCUGAAGACUUUCUACCUUGAAUCGGUAUUUGUCUGUGAUUCCAUUAAUAGGUUAAUUUCGAAUUGUCAUGUCUUAGAGGAUUUGACUUUUAUGUAUUGUUCUGUUGCGAAUGCAAGUGAGCUUAAUAUCCAAAGUCCUUCGCUUAAGGAAUUGACACUUUAUUUUGAUCCGCCAGACAUAGACCACUCGGUCCACUCGGUGGUGAUUAAUGCUCCAAAUCUUGUUUAUUUUCGAUAUGGAGGUGACAUAGUUAGAGUUUAUCCUUUGGGUAACAUGAAGUCCCUAGAAAAAGCCCAGAUUUACAUCUGGUUUGGUUCCGAAACAAAUGCAGCUCAUCUAUACCAAGGAAUUUGCAAUAUACGGUCUCUAACAUUACAAAUUUCAAAAGAGAUUUUCCCAACAAGUCGACUUCCUAUAUUUCAUAACCUUAUUGAACUCGAAUUUCACGGAGACAUUUGUUUUGUGGAGAUUCUACAUUGUAUGCCUAAUCUAAAGAAACUUAUCCUCAAAUAUCUGGUAUGA